AUGACGAACAAAAAGGACCGGCAAACCUUCUCUCUUAUAGACGAUAAAGAAAUAUUUGGAAGGGAUGCUGAGCAAUCAGAACUAGUGAAUAUGCUUGUCAACUGUACUAGCAAUGAUCAAAUCAUUUCGGUCUUCCCCAUUGUAGGAAUGGGGGGACUUGGGAAGACCACUCUUGCCCAAUUGGUCUUCAAUGAUCCAUUGACAAAGGACCAUUUUGAUUUAAGAAUGUGGGUAUGUGUGUCGGAACAAUUUGAAGUUGAGAGACUUCUGAAAGAAAUCAUAGAAUCAGCUGCUAGUGGAGCUAAAUGUGAUGCAUCAAACUUAGAUGUAAUAACACGUAACCUCCAAGAGAAGUUGAUGGGUCAACGGUUUUUGCUUGUACGGGAUAAUGUUUGGAGCAAAGAUGGCCAGUGA